GAUUCGGCCAAUCCCGAAGAGAGCUCCUUGGAUGCAUUCGCUUCCCACGCAGCGACCUGGGCGAAGCAGUGCUUGGCUUUUCGGAGUUCCAAGACUUGGAGUCCCACCAGGCCUUGUUGCCCUGCAAAUGUCUUCUUGGGCUCUGCAAACGGAACACCAUCUCCGCCACCGGCAGAUGCACCAGCAUGCGUGCUGCGUCUCACUGGACAUGGCUUGCGGUGCUUGCAGCGCUUUCACGAAAAGCAGGGCUUGCACAGCAUGACGUUCCAGAGUCAGGCAGAGGCAUCUCAGACGCCCCGGAACAUGUCGCCACAAGAGCCCCCACUAGAUUGCGACUUGAGCAUGCAGGACUACAAGGUCCGCGGCCUGGAUUGCAUGAAGAUGUGGCCUUGGAUGAGGGAUCUGCCCACUUCUGUUUGGGCUGGUCAUGGUUGGGCUUUUGAUGAGAACGGGCUCCGACGGCUCUCAUCCUCAGGCGGCAGCCAUGCCAUGCAAGGCGUGGAAGUCUUCGAAUCUGUAGGUCUUGCAGCAGAGGAGGUGAAACCUUCAGACGAAAAGAUCAAAGAAGAAGCCCCAAUCGCAGUGGCCGCUGCAGAGAAUCCACCACCAACUUGUGAGGAGCAGAAGCCAGCUCGGUUCAUGAAAAAAAACUUGGCGAAGCAAAGCGGCAUUCCAAACAUCCGCUGGAACAUCCUUUGUGCCUGGGAAGUCAAAUUUCCCAAAGUUGAUUCAAAAGGAAAACGGAGCGGGUGGACAAAUCGAAAGUUUUCAGUGAAAAAGUUCAUGGGCCCAGGCAUCUCCGAGGCCCAGGCCGACGCAGCAGCUCUCGAGGCCGCCAAGGCCUUCCGUGCAGAGUUGGUGGAGAAGGGCAUCCUCAGCGAGCCGAAGCCGCUGGACCCAAACUUCACCAGCGAAGUGCCGGGGGUGCAGUGGCACAAAAGGAUCCAAAAGUGGCAGGUGGAGAUCAAUUUGAAGUCUGACCAGAAGAAGAUCUAUGGCGGCUACUUCACCGAGAAGGCGGUGGCCGAGGCCAAGGCCUUGGAGCUCGUGGAGAAGGCCGGCCUGCAGCGCCAGGUGAAGCCCGUGGCCACUCUGUCGGAGCUGCCGGUGUUCCACCCCAAGGUGCCGUACGCAGGGGUGAUUUGGAGCCAGGCUGAGCAGCAGUGGCAUGCAAAAUGCAAUGUUGGCGGUGCUCAGCAAAAUUUCAGGGUGAGGCCCAAGGACCACUCGGAGGCGGAGCUGGAGCGUUCCUUCCAAGUUGCCGUGGCAUGGAAGAAGAAGCAGGAGAAGGAGAAGGAGAAAGAAAGCAAGGCUGUGAAGUCCAAGGUGAAGCCUGGGAGGAACCAGCGAAAGUGAGUGCAAAAGGUGCAUGGCUCAGUUUCUGAAGCCCCGCCCCGUACAGACAAUCCUCACCUGACAUGUUUGCAAAAAAAGCAAGAGAGCCUUUCUUCCCAUUUGUUCGUUUGCAAUCACACUGGGAAGAUCCUGUUCUGCACACUUGAGCUCAAGUCC